GGGGCCGGGGGCCCCGCGAUGGCCGCGGGACGCAGCCACAGGCAGCCGCGGCGAGGAUACCCGGGCGCCCCUCCCUAGCGGGGCGCAGCCUCCUCCUAGUCCGCCGCCCGACCGGCGGGAUGGGGGGCGGAGGGUCUGCCCUGAGGGUCUGCGCGGACCACCGCGGGGGCAUCAACUGGCUCAGCCUGAGCCCCGACGGGCAGCGCCUGCUGACGGGCAGCGAGGACGGCACGGCCCGACUCUGGAGCACCGCGGACGGCCAGUGCUGCGCCCUCCUGCAAGGGCACGAAAGCUACGUGACCUUCUGCCAGCUGGAGGACGAAGCCGCCUUCACGUGCAGUGCUGACUGCACCAUCAGGAAGUGGGACGUGCUGACCGGGCAGUGUCUGCAGGUGUUCCGGGGACACACGUCCAUUGUGAACAGGAUCCUGGUCGCCAACAACCAGCUCUUCAGCAGCUCCUACGACCGGACAGCUCGAGCCUGGAGUGUGGACAAGGGGCAGGUGGCCCGGGAGUUCCGGGGCCACCGCAACUGUGUGCUGACUCUGGCCUACUCUGCCCCCCAGGACCUCCCUGGGGCUCCGUGCGCAGAGGAGGCCGUGGCCAGGGGGCUCCUGGUGACGGGCAGCACGGAUGGCACGGCCAAGGUCUGGCAGGUGGCCAGCGGCCGCUGCCACCAGACACUGCGGGGCCACACAGGGGCCGUGCUCUGCCUGGUGCUGGCCACGCCUGGCCACACGGCCUUCACCGGCAGCACGGAUGCCACCGUCCGAGCCUGGGACAUCCUGAGCGGGCAGCAGCUGCGUGUGUUCCAGGAGCACCAGGGCUCCGUCAUCUGUCUGGAGCUGGUGAACCGGCACGUGUACUCGGGCAGCGCCGACAGGACGGUCAAGUGCUGGCUGGCAGACACGGGCGAGCGUGUGCGCACGUUUGCGGCCCACAGACGCAGCGUGAGCGCCCUCAAGUACCACGCGGGCACCUUGUUCACGGGCAGCGGGGACGCCCGCGCGCGCGCCUUCGACGCCCAGUCAGGAGCGCUGCGGAGGGUGUUCCGCGGCCACGCCUUCAUCAUCAACUGCAUCCAGGUGCACGGCCAGGUGCUCUACACGGCCUCGCACGACGGCGCGCUGCGCCUCUGGGACGUGCGCGGCCUCCCGCGCGCCCCGCCGCCGCGCCCCGCCGCCCCCAAGCGCAGCCUCUCGCGCCUCUUCAGCAACAAAGUGGGCUGCGCCGCCGCCGCGCCCCUGCAGCCGGCCUGAGACGCCCCGACCGGCCGCCCACGGACCCGCGGAGGGAGCGCGGCUGUCGGCACCGGGGGCUCUGAGGGAAAGGGCCGGGGCGCCGGUGGUGCCUGUCCUCCGCGUCCGCUGACUUCCGAAGCCCUCGCCAAGCCGCCCGUGGGGAGGCCAUGCCUGCCCGCCACUGCGUCCCCAGCCCGCCUCUCGGUCCCCACGCCCUUCGGCCAGAGCCCCUGCGGAGCCCAGCCCUCAGCCUGCUCUCCGGCCCUCCCGGGACCCUCCCGACUCUCAGGGGCUCCAGCCCCACGGCCCCGGCGCCCGAGGUCCUCCGAGGCCAAGCCUUUCCUGCGUAGCCAAGCGGACGCUUCAGAAAGCCGCGGACCGGGCCUUCCCUGGCGGUCCAGUGGUUAGGGCUCCGCGCUGUCACUGUCGAAGGCCCGGGUUCGAUCCCUGGUCGGGGAAUUAAGACCCCACAAGCCGCGCGGCGCGGCCAAAGAAGAAAAGCCGCAGACUGUCGUUAUUUU